AAAAAUGGGGCAGUGGAAGGGUUAGGGUUUUAGGUCGUUUAAAAUAUCAGAAAACCUCUUCCUUUCUCCAAUUUACUCUUAGCGCCUCCGACGAACCAAUCUACACUCUGCAACUUCGAGGAUAAGAGAAGGUUUGCAUCAAUUUACCUACAAUGUCUGGCGAGGAGGUUGCUGUUGCUGUUCCGGCUACUGAGACCCCUUCUCCGUUGGGGGAGACCAUGGACCUGAUGACUGCUCUGCAGCUUGUUCUCAAGAAGUCUCUGGCACACGGUGGCCUUUCCCGCGGACUUCACGAGGGUGCCAAAGUCAUUGAGAAGCAUGCUGCUCAGCUCUGCCUGUUGGCCGAGGACUGUGACCAACCUGACUAUGUCAAAUUGGUCAAAGCUCUAUGUGCUGAGCACAACGUUAACUUGCUUACUGUUCCAAGCGCGAAGACCCUAGGCGAGUGGGCUGGUCUUUGCAAGAUUGAUUCAGAGGGGAAAGCAAGGAAAGUUGUUGGCUGUUCAUGCGUAGUAGUUAAGGACUUUGGUGAGGAGUCAGAAGGGCUCAAUGUCGUGCAGCAGCACAUCAAGUCUCACUAAAUCGCUCACAUAUGAGAUUCCUUAUCAGUUAGGGGGCUUUAGCUCUGUAGUAAUUUUUGUUUUGGAGUUGUGAUUUUCAUCAGAAAUUUUUUGAAUGUUUUUCGAUACAUUUUGCAUUUUUUAAUCUCAGAAGAGGCUCUGUUUGUUUGCCAGGUUUGUGAAAUCUGCCUCAUGUUUGGUGUUUUCCGCCUGUCUUAUGUCUUUUGCUGUGGGUUUAUAACUCUAUGCCCUUUCUUAUUAUCGAAAAAAGAUAUUAGUAUAUUACAACC